AUGAUCAACAAGACGUGGGCAGGGCGUCGGCACCACCACCGCCGGCGGCAGAGCGGCGGCCUCAGCGGUUGGUUCGCUCGACGUGGGAUGACGAAGUCAACGACAACGACGACGACGACAACAGCAGCAGGGAGAGGGGCAAAGAGGCCGGGCGGCAAGGGCAAGGUGGACACCGACGGCCUCUGCUUCUACCACGACGACGACAGAUCUAUCCACGCCAGCCUGUGGGAGCGGGGGCUGGCGCUGGAGAGGAAGAGGGAGGCCGACGCCCGCUCGCGGGAGGAGGCGAGGAAGUCGGCGGCGGCGGCGGGGCACGUCGGCGGCAGGUCGGCGGAGCUGAUCCGAGCAAUGCGGGUGCGCAGCCUGGUCCAGACGUACCGGACGCUGCUCGCAUCGGUGGAGUACUCCCGGCUCCCGGAAGGGCUAGACUACGACGAGGCGAUGGAGUCUAUCACCGCAAAGAUCAACGCCAUCUUCGACAACGACAACGACGCUUGGCAGGAGAUGACGCUAGAGGUGGCCAAGGUGGAUCCCUCCGUCCUCAAGCCCGAGCUCGUGCCGGUGGUCACCUCCGCCCUGGCCGGGCACGGGGACGACACCCUGUCUCUUCUGGGCUUCUGCGAGCUGCUCGACGCCGCCGUGGAAAACCUCGCGUCCGCGGGGGGUCCCACGGCCCACCUCUUCGCCCCCGGUGAGAAUGAAAAGGAGUGUGGCAUGAAACGAGGACGGUCGGCGGCCGGAACAGGCCGCGCAGCGGCGGCAGCCGCGGCGAAGGCGGCGCGGGAGGAUUCGGCGGAGCUGAAAGAGAUGACGUUCCGACCUAGACUGAACAGCAAGUCUAAGGCUAUUGCGAGGACGAUGGGCCGGGACGGCACGAAGACGAAAAUGGAGGAUGUGCGCCGUCGAGAAAACAUAAAGAGCGAGCGACGUCGGAGCCUCCUGCUACGCCAACAAACGGACCUCUUCUCGAAGCAGCACCCCUUCACGCCCACUUUUUUCUCCUCCGCAAGACAAGGCAGGAGCAAAAGCAGGGGCGGCGUCGGCGGUGGUGGAACACGAAACGCUCCUCGCUACCCCAACGAAAUUGCAGCGGAUCGAGCAGCGGCGGCAGCAGCGGCGGCGGCGGCAGCGGCGGCAGCGGCGGCGGUCAGUGCCGCGGAGGUGUCGGAGGACCGGGAGGGGGCGAUGCCGGGGGCAGGGGCGUUGCCGGAGGGAGUAGAGUCAUGA